AUGAAAUUCGAUUAUAUCGCUGAUCUGCUUCCUGGAAGAACUAAUUGGUGUAUCAACGCCAAGGUCUUACAUUCUUGGAGAGUCAGAGAGUUCUUUACCAAGCGAGUUCUUCUUCUUGUGGAUGAAAAGGGUGACACAAUUGAAGCUCCUUUACCUGAUGCACUCGCUAACCUUCCUAAAUAUAUAGACGAUGGUGAGUGGUACAGUAUUAGAAAUUUCAAAGUGAUCAAUCCAACCGUGGAGGAGAGGAACACUCAUCAUCCCUAUCAGAUUAAAUUUACGGGUAAAACCACAAUGUACCUGCUCGAAUCAUUGAGUCCCAAGAAUUACUUUCGGUUCGAGGAUUUGGAUGACAUAAAACGUGGAAGAAUAGAUCAUCCCAUUUCUUUCGAUGUUAGUGCGUGUAUAAUGGAUGUGGAAGAUAGAAGAAGCCCUGCGAGUAUCAUUGAUAUUAAUGAAGUUGUUCUCAUGUUGUUGAAUGGCAGGUGUGAGACUGUGAAGUGUCGUCUCAAAGACAACUACGCUUCUCAAUUCAGGACCAUAUGGCAAUCAAGCGGGUGCUAUCUCAUAUAUAAAUCCGAACCUCUGUUCUGUGUAAUGCGGUUUAUGAGGGUUGGUGAAUAUGAAGGUGCACCAUGUCUUGAAAACACCUUGGACUCUUCGAAGAUCUUCAUAAAACCAAAAUUCGAAGGACUAGAGCAUCACCAGGCUAUGUAA